AUGGGACCGCAAGCCAUCCCAAAGCAUCUUCCCUUGACCCCCAAAACUUGGUUCUUCGAGCUGCAGUUCGCAGACGAUCUGGACGAACUGCUCAUGGAUGAGCUUUACGACCUGCGGGAUGCGAUGCAAGCCCAACAAGGUGAGACGCAAGAAACACAGUGGUUCAUCUUGAAACCCGGCAUGGCCGAUCGUGGCAACGGCAUCAGGCUCUUCAGAGACGAAGAUGGACUCAGAAGCAUUCUGGAAGAGCUCGAAGGAGAUAGCGAGGAAGACGCGAGCGAAGCUGGGAGUGGGGACGAAGCAGGAGGUGGAAUGUUGGGACAGCUACGCCACUUUGUCAUCCAAGUGAGUCCUGCUUUACCUUUCAGCAGCGAGGCCACUCGCCGUCUGUUCGCUCAUCCAGAAUGCGGCGGGCUCUAUUCAGGAGUAUAUAAGACGACCUUUACUUCUGGCGCCCAAGAAUGUCGAUGCCACCGAGUGCAGCGACGAAGCAGCACCCUACAGAAAAUUUCACAUUCGCGCUUAUGUCCUGUGCACAGGCGGCCUGCAAGUCUACCUUUGGGACCACAUGUUGGCGCUGUUUGCUCCUCUGGCCUACAAAGAUCCCGCCUCGAAAGCCGACGAAGCAUCGGAAGAGCCAGAUCCGAGGAUACACCUCACAAAUACCUGCUUGCAUGCUGAUGGACAGCCAUCGGCUGAUGGUCGACCUGCUGAGGAGAACGUCUAUCUGCUCGAGAACCUUGUGGGCUGCACCGCGACUGACGGCAAAACGCAAUCAUCGACUGGAGCGUUCUUCACUCCGACACAAUACGAGCGCAUCAAGUCACUGACAGCUCAAACCAUCGGACGGACUUUUGAAGCAGCUGCAAGAGCAGGGAGCAUUCAUUGGCAAACCUGGCCCAAUGCGUGGGAAAUUUUUGGCGUGGACCUACUCGUCGGCUGGGACCCUGAAGCGUGUUCGCCAGGUGAGGAAGCGCUUCGAGUAUGGCUGCUGGAAGUCAAUGCUGUAAGUGGUCGCUGUGCCGUCGUUCCUCGGUCGCGAAGUUUGAUGAUAAAGGCUGAUCCUUGCGCUCGCAUGCUCCUCGCGGGCCGCCUUCGUAGCAACCCGACUUUGCGCAGAGCGGGGCUCGACUAUCGUCCACGAUCGAAUCUCUGUUCCGCCAGUCCAUUGAGCUGGCUGUGCUGCCAUUCUUCGAGCAAACGAAGGAAGGACAUGAGAGGUCGGAGCCAGGAGUGGGCACAUCGCAGAAUGGCAUGACCCUGUGCCUCGAUGCAGAGCUAAGCAGAGCGUGGUGA